GUUCGCAAGGCAGAAAUGAUGCUCGCGUCAGUACUGUGGACAGCUGUUUUAUUUACUCUUGUAAAAGCCACCAUCCUGGACAGCGGUCCAACUGAAGCACCAGAUGUGGAGAGCGGCUCGGGGAUGCUGACAGAAGCAAUAGACCUUCUUGAUCAUCUGUGGCAGGUGGCUAAUCACAGCAACGCAUCAGUAACACAGGAAAGCCAAAGAUGUCCAGUCCUGCAUGUAGGCCAGUACUCCACCCUCUCUAUACCACUCCGGCAGGUGUUUGGACACAGGUUCCCUGUGGCAGUGCUGUCUGAUGGGAAUUGGCACCGCGUGGCAGUCAGCGUCUCCUCGGGCCGGUUGGCGUUGUAUGUGGAUUGCUCCAUGGUUGAGAGUGUGGACUGGGCUUAUAAGGACGGUUUGGGAAUCUCCACUGAUGGCCUGGUUAUGGUGGGAGGAAUCAUUGAGGGUUUUGAGACACCUUUUGAGGGUGAUCUGAUGCAAGUGGCAUUUCUGAUGGGAGAACCAGAUGCAGCUCGAGAUCAGUGUGCCGUUUUGCAACCCCAGUGUGGCGGAACCGGACACAAACCACCUCGCUCUCCUCGCAUACACACUGAAGAGGAACUUCUGCUGUCCUCAAAUGACCUGGAGGACUUAUUAGAGACAGCAGAGGACAGUGACUCUAUUAGUGUAAAACUGACUGGUCUCCAUAGACGUGGGAUUAUACGUGGUGACGGUACUCUGCCUACUGGAUCCAAACGUCCUGGCUUUGUAGGGCGAGGUGAUGUGUUUGAGGUGGAUGAGGAUACAGACCUGGUAGACCAAAACAUCUUGUCCAAAAGUGGUGGUAAACCUUCCAAAACUUUCCCAACUGAAACUACAGGCAGCCAUGAUGGAAAACCAGACUCCACAUCCAAACAUUUAGAUGAAAACAUCACCACUGACAAGCACAAACCUGGCAAACCUUCACCAAAGAAACCAGUGAAUACCACAAUUAUCAACCUGGAUGUUCAGGUACCUGAGAAACCUACCGGAAGUAUUGUACCUAGUAGUGAAAUUCACCUGGAAACCACCUCCAGUCCUGAGUAUCGAGAAUCCAACUUGUUAAAAGAGGAUUUGGGGGCCACCACACAGGCUCCUCUGAGAACAACUUCUUGGGAGGGCAUCUCAAAAGGAAGUGGAAGAAAAACAUCCAAAACUCCAGAUAUCCCUGUAGGACAUGGCUGGGGAUCUGAGGAGCACCCAGGUACCGUUAUACUUACAGGAAGGCAUAGAGAUCUUGUGCGUGGCUCUGAUGGGAAUAUGUAUCGCAUUCAAAGAGGACCAAUGGGGCCAGUGGGGCCCCGAGGUGAGCCUGGAUGUCCUGGGAGUGAUGGCUAUCCAGGACCCAAAGGUGAUAAGGGUGUCAUUGGGCUUAAGGGCCGUCCAGGUCGCCGUGGAGUCCCAGGACCUCCUGGGCCACCUGGGCUGCCCACAUUCUACCUGUGGAGAAACACACCUGAGGAAUGGACUGCAUUUCAGCAAACUUCAUUCUUCCAGCUUCUCCGUGCAGGUUGGCCUAGAGCGCAAGGUCCGCCUGGUCCAGAAGGAGAGAUGGGGAAACCUGGGCCGCAGGGGCCACCUGGGGAGCCAGGUGAACAAGGACGUCCAGGACGUUUGGGAGACAUGGGUGACCGUGGCCCAAAAGGUGUGAUAGGCAGAGCAGGUCUCUUUGGAAAGGAUGGAGAAAACGGGCUGGAUGGGCCUCAGGGGCCUCCAGGGAUUCCAGGACCAAAGGGUCCUUUAGGCUAUAAAGGAGAAUCAGGCUCACCUGGAGAGAAAGGAGAGGAGGGCAUUGCUGGACCAGAGGGUCCAUGUGGAAAUAUGGGAAAAGUUGGUGAGAAAGGUUCAAAAGGUGCACCUGGCUCUCCUGGUCCUGUCGGCCCUUCUGGUCCACAAGGCAUGAGAGGGUUGGAUGGCCCUGAAGGUCAUCCAGGGCCUGAUGGGGAUGAUGGGAUGGAGGGACCACCAGGCCUUCCAGGUCCACCAGGAGCUCCUGGUUGGACAGGUGUGGUUGGUGCCCAGGGGCCUAAUGGGUCUCGUGGGGAGCCUGGGCCUCCAGGAGCUGUUGGUCUUCCGGGGCCACAGGGUCCCCAGGGAUUAGAAGGACAGAUCGGGUCUCCAGGACCAAGGGGUCUGCAGGGGCUGUCAGGCCGGGAAGGUUUACCUGGUCCCAAAGGAGAACCUGGCCCUGCAGGGCCAGUGGGCCUCAGAGGGGAGCCAGGAUUUGAAGGAUUAAUGGGUGUAUUAGGAAUACAAGGUCCAAAAGGUUUUACUGGUAUCAAAGGAAACAGAGGACCUGAUGGAGACCAGGGAGACAUUGGACCUAAAGGAAACAAAGGUGCUAGAGGAGCCCCAGGGAUACAGGGCAUUCAAGGUGAGCAGGGACCAACAGGCUUUCCUGGUUUCCCAGGUGUCAGAGGUCUGCCAGGACCACAGGGGAUCCAGGGAGAGGAUGGAGAAGCUGGUCCGCAUGGCAAAGUGGGAAAGGAGGGGUCAAAGGGGAGCAAAGGUCUUGAAGGCCUCCCUGGAAAGCCUGGUCCUAGAGGCCUAAAGGGUCGAACAGGGCAGAGGGGUCACACUGGCAUGCCUGGACUUCCUGGUUUACCUGGCCCACCUGGACCUGUUGGAGCUGAAGGAAAGCCUGGUACACAGGGACUGCAAGGCCUUGUGGGUAAUGCAGGAAGUAAAGGACUAAUGGGAUUGCAAGGUAUUCCUGGAGAACGUGGUCAGGAUGGACCCCCAGGAUCUAUGGGUCCACCUGGACGAGAGGGGCCUAUGGGCAGUCCAGGACCACCAGGAGAGAGGGGUUUCCCUGGAAAGACAGGAGCAGUGGGACCACAGGGCCCUGUUGGCAUGUAUGGUUUUCCAGGAAACGUGGGUAUGAGAGGAAGAGUGCUUCCUUAUGAAAUCACUAAAAUGUAUAUAAUUGCACAGGGAAUGAUGGGCCAUCCUGGUGAUGACGGGCCUCUCGGACUGGAAGGGCCACAGGGUACAUCUGGUCCGGCAGGUUUGGAGGGGCUUUCUGGAAGAAAAGGUGAUAAGGGGGACAGAGGUCCCUUUGGAAAGCCUGGUCUUCAAGGACCAAAAGGAGACAUUGGCCCUCCAGGUGCUGAAGGUCCAAUGGGUCCACCAGGCCCAGCAGGCAGUGAGGGUGAUGCUGGUCCAGUUGGCAUUGCUGGUGAUCCUGGCCCUAAAGGAGAGAAGGGUGAUAUUGGCCCACAAGGAUUUACUGGUUUAGAGGGGCCGUGGGGAGACGUGGGGGAGCAGGGAGCGAGGGGGCUCAAGGCAGACAAGGGCCAACUUGGACUCCAGGGUGAGUCAGGCCUCAUGGGUGGUGUUGGACCUCCUGGCCUAAAAGGUGUAGAGGGUGGACCCGGCCAUCCAGGAUUGGUGGGGCCAGAUGGACCUCCAGGAAGCAAGGGAGAGGUUGGGCUGAAUGGUUUACUUGGUGAGCCAGGAGAUGCUGGACCUGAGGGAAUUGUAGGUCCCAAAGGCAUGCAAGGUGACGCAGGAAAAGCCGGGACACAGGGAGGUGUUGGUUCAGUAGGUCCCCAAGGUCUUUUGGGCCCUAAAGGUCUCCCAGGGCCUGAAGGGGAGAAAGGAGACUCAGGAGAUAAAGGAGAACCAGGGGUGGAGGGGCCAGACGGCCUUCAAGGCAUUCAAGGACCACCGGGACUGCCUGGUUUGGAGGGUCCACAAGGUGAGGCAGGGGUACGUGGCUCACCAGGUCUGCCAGGAGCUCAGGGCCGGAUGGGUAACCCAGGACCUGAAGGAAGAGAAGGCAUGAAAGGAGAGAAGGGAGAUCAAGGCAAAGAUGGAACACCUGGAAAAAUGGGUCACAUUGGACGGAGGGGUAAAAGAGGCAAGGCAGGGUUGAGGGGGACCAGAGGACCCAGAGGAGAAAAGGGAGAGAGGGGGGAUGUAGGAGAGAAAGGACUUCCUGGAUGGGGAGGAAGUAUGGGAAUCCACGGACUGAGAAGAGAGCCUGGGGAGCAAGGUGUCAAAGGAGCAGAGGGUGAGAAAGGAGAUCAGGGGCCACUUGGUCCACCAGGGAAAGAUGGCUUGAAGGGGAGUAUGGGGCCUAUUGGUCCUCCUGGACCCCCAGGACCAAAGGGGGAUCAGGGAAAUAUUGGUCCUGCUGGGCCUAGAGGGGCACCUGGAAUACCUGGACUACCGGGCUUGUUUGGAGACAAGGGACUUAAGGGAUUUCAGGGGCCUCCUGGACCCCCUGGAAGGAAGGGCUUGCCAGGUCCACCGGGGCCACCAGGGCCUGCUGGUGUUUCUGUGAACCUGACCCAGAUCAAGGAUCUGAUGUACAGUUCAGACAAGCCCAAUUACCCUCUGAUUCAGACACUGCUGGACUCUCUGUACAAUGACCUCCGGCUGCUGGUGGACCCUCCGGACGGUAGCAAGCAGCACCCAGCCUCCACCUGUCUGGAGCUGUGGCUGUGCCAUCCCAACUACACCAGCGGAUUCUAUUACAUUGACCCAAACCAAGGCAGUCCUUUAGAUGCUCUUUUGGCCUACUGUAACUUUUCAGAGUCAGGAGCAGAGACCUGCCUUCACCCCAGAGAUGUACAGCUUCCCAUAAGGACUUGGCUGAAUGACUCAGGGAAUAACAGCAAGUUCUACUGGUUCAGUUCACUGGAGGGAGGUUUUCAAUUUGAGUAUCCAGCCCUCAGUGUAGUUCAGCUGCGGCUCCUACGACUCCAGAGCAACAGAGCAGAACAGAGAGUAACGUACUCCUGUUACCCUGGACACCGACUGGGCCAGACACAGCGACAAGUCCAGUUCCUCACAGACUCCGUGAAGCAGAGCUAUUUAGGAGAACUGCAGGAUUGUGUGUCUGCAAAGGAAGUGGAUCCCGGACCGCGCGAGUCUGUGUUUCAGUUUGAGGACAUGGACCUGCUUCCUCUACGUGACAUAGGAAUCUUGGGCAACAGCAGCUACGAGCUUGGCUUCACAAUCGGCCCUGUGUGUUUCCGCUAGAGACACCCUGAAUGAUAACGCUACAUCCUGUGCAUUUAACCUUAAAUACAAGUAACAAAGAGAAGAUAACAGGACACUCUGAAGACACAUGUGGCAUCUACGGCUCGUGGUAAAGGAAAUACUCUAGACAGUGUCCUGUCUAUCCCGGUGCUGCCAGACAAACGGACAAUAUCCUUUUUUUUGUUUAC